AUGUCGUCCAAGGCAAAGCAGCCCGCCGGCAAAACCCAGCGCUCAGCCAUCGCUGACGUUGUGGCUCGCGAGUACACCAUCCACCUGCACAAACGGUUGCAUGGCGUGACCUUCAAGAAGAGGGCGCCUAAGGCUAUCAAGGAGAUCAAGGCGUUCGCCACUCUGUCCAUGGGCACCACCGAUGUCCGUGUCGACCCUCAGCUGAACAAGAAGAUCUGGGAGCAGGGUGUCAAGGGUGUCCCAUACAGACUUCGCAUCCGCAUCUCGCGGAGACGUAACGACGAGGAAGGCGCUAAGGAGAAGCUGUACAGCUACGUUCAGGCCGUCAACGUUAAGAACCCCAAGGGUCUGCCGACUGUGGUUGUGGAGGAGUAA